AUGAAUUCCAGCCAUAUUAUCUUCGACCCAUCGUGGCAAGGUAGCAUGGUGUUCCUCGGAGAUGGUGGUAACGUUUUUCGAGGAGGAAGAUCAGUGAUGAAUAUGGAGGAAACCUCAAAGAGGAGACCUUUUUUCAGCUCGCCGGACGAACUGUUUGACGAAGAAUAUUACGAUGAACAGUUGCCGGAAAAGAAGCGUCGUCUAACUCAUGAGCAGUUCACCAUGAAGGUCGAGGAUCGGCUUAGCAUGGACAGCGGAGAAAGCGCAGUGGUGGACGAGAAUGGUCCACAGCUUGUGGACGGUUGUGAUUCAUACCUCCCUAGUGAAUACUACCCUGGAUGUGUUGCAACACCACUUGAAGGGAUCCAAUCAGAAGACGAUGAUGGUAGUGAUGAUGGCCGGAGUUACUUCUCCAAUGCAUUUGUUGCAACGGAAGAGCAACACCGUGGGNGGAGAAAAUAA